CAAGACUUCGGAUUAGCAAAACGUUGAAUAGACAUCAUUUUUAGUACCAGUGUUUUGUUUCUAUUUCAAGGUCAAUUCAAGCUCUAUUUACAUAGGUGUUCCGUAUGAAUCCGCGUCGCGUUUAACUAAAUAGCAAGACGAUCGAUUAAACGCUAGCAUAGCGUCGACUGCUACAGGUAAAAAUAAAACAAUGGGCAGCAGGCCAGUUUCAUAUUUAUUUUUAAGUGUUAUUCUAAUAACACAAAAUGUGCACGAAACCAAAGCAGGGUAUAACCACAACGUGGCAUUCAAACCUGAAUGUGAGCGCAGAGGUGAUUAUAUCCCCAGCAAGUGCGUCUAUAACUGGACCAUAGACUACCGUAUGACAGGGGUGUGGUACAACACGAGAAGGAACUCGGGAAAACCCGUCUUUAAGUAUGAUAAUCCUGACCAGUAUUACUACGGGGAACAGUCAAACUGCACACGUCUGCCGAUGUCCGAGUCCGACCUUGACGAUGUCAUCAUGACGGACGGAGGUUACCGUAGAGUCAUCACCAUUAACGGGCAGUUUCCAGGGGAGACAAUAGUGGCUUACAACGGAACGCAGUUGAUAAUCAGUGUAACCAACAAUCUAGAAGAAGAGGGUGUGUCCAUCCAUUGGCAUGGCAUCGUGCAGAGAAAUACUCCAUACAUGGACGGCGUGGCUCGCAUAUCACACUGCCCAAUCAACCCCGGGGAGACAUUCGUGUAUAGGUUCAUAGCCUAUCCCCCCGGGACCCAUUGGUACCACGCCCACCUGGGGAGUCUACGAUCUGACGGUCUGCAUGGGGCACUGGUCGUCAUAGACCCCGCAGAGGAGAGAACCAAGGCGAAGAAAGAUACCGACGUCACCAUGAUACUGACUGACUGGUUUUCACAGGACACCUCCACGAUAGCUUCCAAUGUUAUUUGGGAACUAGAGCGCUUUGCGCCUUUUAUGCAAACCUCACCCUCCAUCCAAGGCAGUUUUAGGGAAGGGACGUGUUUUUAUCAAACCAAACAACACGAUGGGAUGGACAUAGGUGUGUGGCCAGUUCAGUCCAUUCUGGUCAAUGGGAAAGGCACCGUAUGUAACGCAACCCAUGGAACUUCCAGAUAUAAUUGUAAUGAGAGACUGGAGGAGUUCAUAGUACCCAGGCAUAAGAAAAUCCGAAUUCGGAUCAUCAACGCAGCCACCCAGUAUGCACUUAAAGUAUCAAUUGACAGCCACUCCAUGACGGUGGAAUCCAUGGACGGCAACGCUAUCCAGGGAACGGAAGUAUUAGACUACCUCAUCAUUCACACCGGUGAGAGAUAUGACAUAGAGGUCGCCACUGAUCAGUACAGGCAGACUCCAAUGCAGCCCGUAAAUGAUGGAUAUUUCUGGAUACGAGUGGAAUCUUUGGAGGAAUUUGACCAGCCAAAUCAGAAUUUACGAAAUAUAAUUACUCCUAAAACCGGCUGGGCGGUAUUAAAGUAUGAAGGAAGUCCACCCAGACGUAAACCAUUUACAACGCCCAAGCAAUGCCCACUUUCUAAUCCAUGUGAGAUCCUGAACUGCCCUUUCCGGGAAUACAGGCCCAAGGGAAGCAAUUAUUACACCUGUAUACCAAUAAGUAGGACCCGCGCUCUUGGCAGCCUUAUAGACCGAAACCCAGUGCCUAUGCCCACCUCCGCCGACAACUUUCAGCAGAUAUUCCUCAACUUUCAUUUCUCGGGUUCCAAGGCACUGCGAUCAUCUAUUAACGGUCACUUGUUUCGCUUUCCCAGGUUACCCCCACAGUUGUACCCGGAGCGCGACACAAAUUACGAGUGCGACGAGCCUUGCACCGGGGAUUGCUACUGUUCGUACACGGAGAAACUGAAGUUAAAUAACGUCAUCCAGCUAGUCCUGAUUAAUAUGGGCAUAGGUCAACCGGGAAUGGCGCAUCCGGUACACGUACACGGCCACCAUUUCCACGUGCUCAAGAUAGGCUACCCCCAAUACGACGCCAACUUCCGGUAUCUGUCCGACACCGACGAUGUAGUAUGUGACGACCCAUUCUGCAGCAGCGCUCGGUGGAACGACUCCACCUGGGAUGACUAUCGGGCGUGGAACGGUAGUUUGAGGGUCAUCAGGCCGAUUUCUGACAUAAAUAACACCGAGAAUGAGACAGCUGAACCGUGGAUUCCGGAAGUGAAUGCUGUCGACCCCCCGUUGAAGGACACCGUGAUUGUGCCAGUUGGUGGUUACGUGGUGAUUCGCUUCAAAGCUGAUAACCCAGGUUGGUGGUUUGUCCACUGCCAUUUAGAGUUCCAUUACCUAGAAGGCAUGGCCAUGGUGCUGCAGGAAGGUGAACCAUCAGAAAUGCCCCCAGUACCCAGCAUAAUUCCAAAGUGUGAGGAUUUUGAAAUGAGCGACAAAGAGUUUGAAGAUGUCCUGAAAUGGAAACCCAAAGUGACAAUUGUAGGGUCGUCCAAGGAUAAAAAAGCGUCCGGCGCAGCACUGCCUCAUUUGCAUUAUUUUCUCCCUCCACUGAUGUUUGCCGUAUAUGUCGCCUACAGUUGGUAGCUUAAAAGCAAUGAAUGUACGUGUAUCUGGCGGCCCUGUUGGUCUUUCAUUAUUUUUGCCGUCGGUUAUUAUCUAGACAUUUCUCUUUGUUUAUGGGACGUGACCAGCUGAACCUAAUUACUUAACUCUAUUGUACCAUACAGCACUGUAUUAUCUACAAUGGUACUUAAUUGUGUUUUACUGUAAAUUUGAUAUGUGAGUGAAAUCAUGUUAUAAGGAAGUGUUCAGUAGUAUUUAUACAGUGGUAUGUAUUUCAUUAUUAAUUUUGUCUGUGGUUCAUUUUGUAUUUGUUUUUGAACUGGUUAUAUAUACUGCGUU